UGAGAGUUUUUGUUUUGUUUCGAAGCAAUCAAUAACAGCAACACAAAUUGUGAGACAAUUUUUGCCAAUUUGUUAUGUGAAACGAGUUAUUUGAGGCCAAAUCGAAAAUGACGAAAGAAGUGUGUUUCAUUUGCAACACUGAAUCGGAUGAUUUGUGGAAAAUGAAUGAAGUCUCUUCACAACACACGAAUACUCCAAUCGUCGAAUUGUUGAAGGAGAUUCUAGGUGUUUUUGACAUAAAACGAACCAUCGACUGUGAAAGCAAUUGUAUUUGUUCAGAUUGUUUCAAUCGUUUGGAGGAAUAUGAUUGGGCUUGUGACAUAGCCAAAAAACGGGAAAAAGAUAUAAGCGAUACAUUUCUAAAGACCGAAACACUUUAUCCCAAAUUGGGUGAAAGUAAGACGAUUGAGAAUGUGAGCAAAAAAAUCGACUCAAGUGUUGAUCUAUUGCCAAAAGUAGAAGCCGGGCGUAUUCUUUCGUUUGAAUUUCGAUCAACAACGAUACGAAAAAUUACUAUUGAUAAAACGCAGAUAAAAUGCGACCCACCAGAGAGGAAUGUCAUUGGGGAAUCAAAAGAAGUGGUUGACAUCGUGGAUGAUAGCUCAGGACAUGAACAAGAAUAUGAUAUGGAUAUGGAUAUGGAUAGUGGAAGUGAUUUUGAAUGCACACCAAACAAGACAUCAACAAGUAGUAUAUCAAAAGAAAUAGUCGUUCCAACCACAUCACGUUCAAAUCCCAGAAAAAGGCGCAAAAAGAAUACUGGGGCUGAUGACAACGAGUCGUCGAACGAAGAUGAAUUGCCCACACCUAAAAACAGGCAUGAGUGUUUGUAUUGUGGACAGGCAUUCGCCAGAAAAUCCGAUUAUAUUACGCACGUACGAUGGCAUAAAAAGCAACAGAAGCCUCGAUUUAGCUGCGAUAUGUGUUCCUUUGUCCUGGAUGACCAGGCAUCAUUUGAUGCCCACAAAAAGCUUCAUGAAAAUACACCAAAACUUGAAUGUGUGAUUUGCAAUAGAGUCGUUUCAACAAGGGGAAAUUUAACGGCCCAUAUGCGAGUUCAUGGCACGCCGAACCAUAUUUGUCAUAUAUGUGGCAAGGAAUUCAUUCACAAUACUUCUUUCGAUGCACACAUGAAAUUUCAUGACAACAGCCGAUUGUUCAGUAUUCUAAUGGUGUCUAACCCUUUGUUCAGUUGUCAACAGUGUCCUAUGAAAUUCAACAUCGCCACCAAUUUGAAAAACCACAUGCAGACUCAUAGGCAACAUAAGCCAUACGCAUGUAAAAUAUGUGGGAGUCGAUUUGGAUACUUGGGAAAUAUGAGAGCGCACGAGAAGACACACUCAUCAACCGAAAAAAGUCACAAAUGCUCCGUGUGCGAUGCACAGUUUGCAACGCAAUCCAAAAUGAUUCAGCACAUGGACAAACUCCAUUCGACAUCGGUAUUGCAUAAAAAAGAAAAGAGAAAAAGAAGUCAUGUCUACAAUUUUGUAUCGCCAACGAAUGAAUGUGAUCAAAAUGAAUAAAAUUUGCAAUAAAGAUGUGGGUGUUUAUUUAAAUUAAGCUUCUAAGCAUUAUGAUGAUCUUGAAUGAUUCUUUCUUUUUCUUCUAUUUUGAUUUAUUUUCGCAAAAGUAAUUGUUCUUCCAACAAUAAAUCAUUCAAUAGAUAAUUUUUCUGAGAUAUUGAGCUUGAAACCGAAAUUGUACAAAGUAAAACCGAUUAAAUUAGAUUAUUGCUA